AUGGUCAAAUUGUUGGUUCUGGAAGCAUUGGACAUGAACAAGUUCAUCAUGAUGAAUCAGAAAUUGUGUAAGUUGACGUAAGUUAUGUAGGGUAGGGUAAAGUAGGGUAGCGUAGGGUAAGCCAGGUUUAAGAGGAAAUAAGGAGAGGGGCAAAGAAAGAAGGGUGAGAAGAAAAAAUUUGAAAAAAUUCUGGUUUUGUUGUUAAUUUUUAUUUAUGUAUUAUACUAGGCUGAACCAAAGAUAACGGGACACUUUUGGUUGAAAAGUAAAUUAAAAGUGAAGUUUGGUUCAACCUAAUAAUUUUCCUUACAAAGUAAAUUUUCGUAUUUUACCACAGAUUAUAGGUAUCGCGACUAAGUAAUAGCAAUUUUUCAAAAAUAGCUUUUAGAUAAUGUAUUUUGGCAAUUUUCAGGCGGCAACCCCUUUGCUGAAGCCCAAUGGAUACCAGUGUUAGACAUGUGUGAGAUCGAAUGUAAAGAAGAUGAACUUUGUGUGGAAAACGAUGAGCUACAACAACGAUGCACUAAGUGUAAGUGAGACUAGAGUCGAAUCUUUGGAAUGUUUUUAAUUUUUUUGAAAUAAAUUUGUUUUACGUAUUUUACUAAAAGUAAAAAUUUUUAUAACAAUAUUUUAGUACCAACCGAAUGUGUAGAAGCCUACCACAAUCAAUUAGAAAAGAAAAAAGAAUCUCAAGACGAUGGAAUGAUCUUGGAACCGCUACGCCGACGACUUUUACAGACAGGUGUCAGUAAAUAA